AUGGACGACGACAAUCCUCCCCCAAAGAAGAAAUCUCGCUUCUUCAGCAAUGGCAAGAGCAAAAUCGGCAACAUAAUUCCAUCCUUCAGAAAACAGCCACACCAGCGGCAGUCAAGUACUUCGGGCAAUCCAUCUGCAUCUGAGAGUUCUUCAACAAAUGGCCUCUCAUCGCUCAGGAAUCCCUUCUCUAAUCGUCCUGGAGAUCCGCCCGGUUCCAGUCUGACCAAUGCCACCACAGCCUCUGCGAACCAGUCCUCGAAUACCGCACACAACACAUUCGGAGCUGGCAAUGAACAUCUACCAGACCCCACACACCCAAGAACCACCCAAAUCAUCCCCAGACCAGUCAAUUAUGCCCCGACUGGUGCUCAGCAUGGGGCUGACAUCCCAUCUGACGCAGCUGCCCAAGCAUCAUACACCUUCACAGGUAUUCCAGGAACGACUUCAACGGCUUCCGGCCCGGCCCAGACCACUUCAAGCCAUGACCAGACGCAGGAACCAUUCACUUUUAGGAUGCGUGUACCUCAGCCAGCGCCAUACCAGUUGGGCGUACGGAACGGUGAAGACACACAACUACAUGGUGUCAACGCGACUUACCUCACCACGCCUCAGCAGAGCACGACUACACAAGAUACGGGCGACAAUCAGCGAUCCAACGCCAUCCCUAGUCAUCGACUACUUAGUCCCCUCCCACUUGGGGCGUCAGAACCCUAUGUUGAUAUGGAUCGAGAUGAAGAAGGCCGGCCCAUAUCCAGACCGAGAUAUCAGUCUGCACUAUCUCACGCUCUCUACGCCAACAGCACCGGUCUCCCAGCACACCGGAUUCCCAACCUCAGACCAACUACGCCAGCUCACAUCGCCAAUCCCGAGUCCCUUAUCCCUGACAAUUUGCUCACAUCGCCAAAUCGGGUCCAUCGGGCCAAAAUGCACGCCCAUAUCUCCUUGAAACGUAAACGUCCCGGCACGAUCCUCCCACCACAGCCAUACGUCUACUCACGCGACGACCAUCCCAACUUCAACAUCUUCGACGGCAUCCUCCUCUACCCCGAGCUUGUCUUCGCGCUCGCCACAGCACUACCAGUCAAAGACCUUAUCAGUCUCUACGCCAUCAGCAGAGACUACCAUACCAUCAUCGACACACGCUUUACAACAGUCGUACUAUCCCAGGCACGCCGAAAAGCUCCCGAGUCAGCCGAGGCGUUCCGUUUUCGCAGCUAUGCAAAACUCUGUCGCACCGACCCAGCCGCACGCAUCCCACAUCCCAACGCCGCACUUGCAGCACGCAGUAUCCCCCGCAGCAUCCCAUCCUUCCGCUGGCUCAAGAUGGUCCUACACCGCGAGAAAGUCAUCCACGAGCUCGUCACGGUCUUCGCCGAAGAUGGCAUCCCCCUCCCAUUCCGCUGCCGUCUCGCCCUCAAGCGGUUAUGGUUCAUGCUCGACCUACCAGAUAACGCCCGACGCAUCGGCUACGUGCACAACAAACGUCUCAUGACCGACCUAGACAUUUACUUCUCGGCCUGCUUCUUUGUCAAGCUGGACAUGCGUCUCAACGACCCGAUCGCCAGCGAAAAGCGUGACAGCAUGCGCAAAAUGCUGCUCUCGCAAAAGAGCUUCACCACCAUCUUGCAGGUCAUAAAACGCGAGAUGUGGACGACCAAGUUCGAGGUUCUAAAGGAGUGGAUCAAGUUACGAUACGAGCCGAUGGAGGACGAGAUCGGUCUGCCAAUGUUUGGCGUGCGGCCUGAGAAUAUUGGGAGAGGACGUCUGGAGUACUGGGGCGAGGUGUCGACGGAAGAGCUUGGUCGGAUUCCCGGAUGGCUCUUCAGACCGGAUCAAUUAAUUGUGCGUGAGGCCAUUCGUCGCGGCAUGUCACUUGAUCGGCACUACCUCCAGUUCAUGCUGUACGGGUACGUGCGACCAGAUACGCUGCAAGAUUACGCACCCAGAAGGUAUGGACGGCGAAUUGAGCAGUUUAAGGACGAUGAGUACGAGAUUGACGACAUGAUUGGUGGUGUUGCGGCUUUGGCAGUCGGCGAUGAAGGAUACGACGACCUUUUGGAUCUAGGACAGCCGAGGCGAGGAAGUCCGUAUACUAUUGUCAAGGAGAAGAUCAGUACUCAGGAGAAAGCGCUGAGGAAGAAGCAGGAGGAGUUUCUGAGCAUGUGUAUCGCAUGGUGGGAGAGGGAGAUGAAGAGUGGUGAUGCUGAAGAUGGCCGAUGA